AUGGUAGCUCCACAGUUGGACCACAGAUUACAUCGGAGCCAGUCACAUACCUUAACAUCUUUCUCAGGCCCAUGUCAUCCAAUCCCCUUACAUACUGAUGGAAAAAUUUCAAACUCUGGUUUUCAGCUUGAGUCGACGGAGAGGCUGCUUCAGAUUAUCUGGUGUUGGUACCGUCCGCACUCCCAUCCGAUCCAUGAUAUCAAGGAGCUCAUCUCGAUCAUCACCAACCAAACUGUCUUUCAAAGCAGUUGCCAAGAGAUCACGCUCUGA